AUGGUAGUGUUUUAUGGGCAACCAGUGGAUUAUUCACAAGUAUCGAUGAAGUCGUAUAGCUUAUCCACGUGUAUAGCAUAUUGUUACAACAUGGACACUUGUGUGGCUGUCUACACCCCCGAUUCCAGCGAAGUUUGCAUAGUCUUUGAGUUUGGUCAAAUCUCAACAUUACAGCAACUUGAAGCAAGUUCCGGGAAGGUUAUGGGUGUCAAGAUGCUAUCCGCCAACUCCACCAACUGCUCAACAACUUCCGAUGGGAAUUCCAUGGUGACAGGCUACCAGCUCAAUAAUACUUUCUAUCCAUACAGUAUCAGCGACACUUGGACCUUCACCUCGGGCUCUAGUGUAUCAUGCCAGGCAAACUUUACAAUGUUUGUGAGACCGCUUGGGUCGUGGUGUAUUGGGAUCAUCCCCACCACCACAUGCCUCACCCAGCAGGACAGUGCUACCCAGUGCAAGAGCUUAUACGGUGGGGUGCUGAGUGGCCUGCAAACUUUGGCGGAACGAGAUUUUGUUGCUGCUACCGCUCAGCCUUGGCUCGGUCUUCAGAGCAACUUCACCACCUACGGUGUUUGGAUCAAUGGGGCCCGUAAGACUUCUUGUAUGGAAACUGUGAAAAGUGUAGAUUGUAACGGGACAAAUGAAUUCGCCUAUUCUGACCCCUUACUAACCGCCUACGACGGGUACACAUGGGCCGCUAAUCAACCAAGUGGCGUAGAUUAUGUACCAUCUAGUUCAAAUUGCCUGAACCUUUACUUUACAGAAACUACGAUUCUUGGAAUCGAUGAUUACAUGUGCAACGUGGCAUCGCUGAGAGGUGAACUGUGCUACAAGGGAUAUGCAUGUGGAAUUGAACCAUCUUAG